GCCGGUAAACGUGUCGCUGGGGGCGAGGCGCGUCGCAAAAAGUCGCAGUCAUACUUUCCUACGUCUUCAGAUCUGGCGCUUUACGGUGCGAGGCACUGCCAAGCUGGGAGAUGUCGGCGUCGGGCUGGGAGGAACCCUUGGGUCCUCCCAGCGGCUUUGCGAAGCGGGUCCUGGUGACCGGGGGUGCUGGUUUCAUAGCAUCACAUGUGAUUGUCUCUCUAGUAGAAGAUUAUCCAAACUAUAUGAUCAUAAAUCUAGACAAGCUGGAUUACUGUGCAAGCUUGAAGAAUCUUGAAACCAUUUCUGACAAACAAAACUACAAAUUCAUACAGGGUGACAUAUGUGAUUCUCACUUUGUGAAACUGCUUUUUGAAACAGAGAAAAUAGAUAUAGUUCUACAUUUUGCUGCACAAACACAUGUAGAUCUUUCAUUUGUACGUGCCUUUGAGUUUACAUAUGUUAAUGUUUAUGGCACUCACGUUUUGGUAAGUGCUGCUCAUGAAGCCAGAGUGGAGAAGUUUAUAUACGUCAGCACAGAUGAGGUAUACGGAGGCAGUCUUGAUAAGGAAUUUGAUGAAUCUUCACCCAAACAACCUACAAAUCCUUAUGCAUCAUCUAAAGCAGCUGCUGAAUGUUUCGUGCAGUCUUACUGGGAGCGUUAUAAGUUUCCAGUUGUUAUCACAAGAAGCAGUAAUGUUUAUGGACCACAUCAAUAUCCAGAAAAGGUUAUUCCAAAAUUUAUAUCUUUACUACAACACAACAGGAAAUGCUGCAUUCAUGGAUCAGGGCUUCAAACAAGAAAUUUCCUUUAUGCUACUGAUGUAGUGGAAGCUUUUCUCACUGUCCUCAGAAAGGGAAAACCAGGUGAAAUUUAUAACAUCGGAACCAAUUUUGAGAUGUCAGUUGUCCAGCUUGCCAAAGAACUAAUACAGCUGAUCAAAGAGACCAAUUCAGAGUCUGAAAUGGAAAACUGGGUUGAUUAUGUUAAUGACAGACCUACCAAUGACAUGAGAUAUCCAAUGAAGUCAGAAAAAAUCCAUGGCUUAGGAUGGAAGCCUAAAGUACCUUGGGAAGAAGGAAUAAAGAAAACAAUUGAAUGGUACAGAGAGAAUUUUCACAACUGGAAGAAUGCGGAAAAGGCAUUAGAACCCUUUCCAGUACAGCCACCAUUUAUAUAGUCAGGACAGUUUUCAAAGAAAGAAGAAAAUGAUCCUACCUCGACAAGUCAUAUGCAAUCAAGUGACCAAAUGAAGUGUCCUCUUCUCAUUUGGAAUUAGAUUCACAACUUUUUAUAUAAAUAUAAAUGCACAAUGCUUCAAUCCUUGGAAGAAUCUCAGUAUUUGCACAGGAUUUAAAUAUCAAAUUUCUUUCAGAAGUUCUUUCUUCUGGAAAUUAAGAGACAGUAGGCAUCGAAGGAAUCUCCCUGGGAAUGGGUGAGAAGGAGGGUCUUCUGGUUCUGAGAACAAAGGCGGGCAAUGGUGCUGGGCACCUUCGCUGGCUUUGAGCUUGGCCGAUUUCCCAGUCUUUCUUAUUGCUUAGAAAGGCUCUGAAGUUUUCAUUUCUAAGCAAUAAAGGAUGAGCCUUAUGCCUUAUUUCAUCUUUUUUUUUUUCUUAAUGUCUGAUGUUAUGGUACAAUUGCUUUUAAAAAUUAGAACAAAGUGGAAGCAUAUCUAACACAUUUUAACUUUUGAUAAUUUUAUAAAGUUGUUAAAUGGGUCUUAAAGGGUGAAACUUUUUAUAGUAACAAAGCCAGUGUCCUAAAUGUAACUUUAUAUCAGAGAAAUUUUAUCAUGUAUUUACUGUUUUAAAUGAUUUUAUUUAUAAAAUUGUCGAUAUUUUAAUGUA